AUGACCCAUCCACUCGUCGGACAGCGGAACGGAAAGAGACCAGGCCCGUCCAACAGCGGGAAAGUCGAUAUGGAAGUCCUUGCGACGUGGAUGGUAUUUCACUUUUCCAUCCAUCAGUACUGGGAUCACGAGCGCAGUGAAGCGCGUCUGGUGCAGACAUACGUCAGACUUGCCGACCAGGGUAGGGCCACCACAUUCUCUGCGGUCAUCACCGGUUAUCAGCAGUACUUGGAAAGCCGAAACAUCUUCCUUCGUCCCUGGUCGUACCCCGUUCCUGGCUCUUCUCGGAAGGACAUCGAGGCAUAUGAGAGCUUGAUCCGGCAUAGAAUCGCCCCCAGUGAUGCCGAGUACACCAAGUGGAUGUUUGCCAAGGAUCGCUUUUAUCAGGAUAUCUUUCAGGAUGUGCAGGAGAUGGAGAAUAAUGACGACGAACUGAAGUUUGGGGAAGCCCUCAAUACUUGCUGA